CGCGCAACAUGCUACCAGCGAGCCAAAGAAGGCAACCAACAUUGAGCCAGGAGUAACAGCUAGCGAGGAACCACCACCUAGCGCAAUGCUUGCCAAGGCUGUGGGCUAUGGCUAUUGCUUGGCCUACUUGCUGGCGCUAAGCAAUUGGGGCAGCGAGGCUUAUCCGGCCAACAGCUACCGGGAUCUGGACAUAUGCAAUCACUGGAAUGGACGGCGUCAUUUCCUCGAGCUAGGUGAACGUGGGGAGCUUCAUGCCAGGAAUGUUAGCACAACAGCCUUCCGUAGCACGCUCUUCGCACCACCAGCGAACGGACAACGUACAGCGCUGGGUCUCAAUGGCAUUGCACCGGUGGCCGAUGUGUGGUAUCAGUGCAAUCUGGAGCUGGUCACCUGUGCGGAAUGUGUGAUCCGAGUUACAUUCACGCAUGCCAAUUUCUCCAAGGAAUGCGCCAACACUGGGUCAUCUAGCACUGUUGGGAAGCCCCCCUUGUGUCCCUGUGAGCAUAUACAGUUCUCGGAACCACCUUACGAUACGACUAUAUCGGGGCAGGAGUUUUGUGGGGACGGGAAAGUAUUUCGCAGCAAGACCCGUGCUUUGCAGCUCAAGUUCUUUUACCGUGCGACAAAUAGUCACAUCUUUUCGCUGCAAUACUUCUCGGAGCGCAAUGUCAAGAUUGUGAGCGGCUCGCCCAAGCAGUCCAUCAUUAGCAGCAGUAAUUCCAAUUACGUACCGCAGAUCAUAUCGACGCCAUACUUUCCCAUGCCAUAUCCACGUGACUAUGGCAUCGAGCAUAUACUCACCUGUGAGGCGGACAAUUGUCAGGUACGGUUGGACUUUACGGACUUUCAACUGGGUUUGGCCUCAACUCUGGAAAUCUUUGAUUCGAAUGGACAAAUGCUGGACUCCUAUACCGGGGAGCAUUUCCGUCCGCCGAUUACCGUGAGCAGCGGAAAAUCCUUGUUGCUUCAGUUUCGUGGGAAUGCCGCCACUGGUGUGGGCUUUCGAGCGGAGGUUAGCUUUGUAUCAGCAAAGCAGCUAAAGGACGAACGUCUGAUACCAUACACCGAUUGCGGUGGGAUGGUUACGGGACCUGGCGGUGCCAUCACAAUGAUGAACAUGAUUGAGAAUGCCACGGAUGUGCGACUCUUCGAUUGCAUUUGGAUCAUAAAGCCAGGCAACAAUUACAUGAUGAUGAAGACGCACAUUUCGCUACGCAUCGAUGAUUUCUACGGCAUGGCAGCCCGCUCAGACCUGACCAUACGUCAGGGCACCACUUCGGAUUCUCCGGAAAUAGAGAAUGUCAUAUGGCCCAACACUGGCCUGAGCAAGGAGAAUCACAUUGUACCUGUGCUCACGGGUUUUUAUAUACGACUUCGUGGCGUAUUUGGCAUGUCCUCCAAGCUCGCCAUUGUCUACAGCGUCUUCAACUAUCUGAAUUGCUACAUCGGAUCCGAGUUUCUCUGCACCAACAAUCACUGCAUCUCCAUACGGCUGCACUGUGAUGGCUUCGAUCACUGUGGCGACGGGUCUGAUGAGCCGGACUCUUGCGAGGAGGAUUGGGCGCAUCUGCACAACGAUCGUCGUUGGUACUCGCAUAAGCCGAACUAUUACUUUCCCAAAAUGGAACAGUAUCCGGACCUGAAGACAGCCACCGGCAUCUUUAUCAUUAGCACGCUUGGAAUUUUCGGCGUGCUCUCCGGCUGGAUGGUCAUACUGUAUCGCAUGGGUGUGCGUGCACGGCAUCAGCGAGAGUUGCAGAGUCAUCUGCAGACAAUUAGCGAGCUCCUAGAUCGCCAGGAUGAAGAUCGAACGCCAGACGAGCCACCUAGCUACGAGGCACCUCCCGACUACGAAGAGGUCAUCAAGGUUGGCAUGCAGCAGGAGUUACGAGAGCCGCGCCACCAACGUCCCAGACGCCAUCAACAACGAAGGCAGCGAGAUCGGGCGGACAGCAACUGCACGAUGCAGUCCACGGUUCCCCUGCAUCGCAGCUGUAGUCUGGAGCGGCCCAGCACUUCAGCAGCUGCCAUGACACAUGCCAUCGCCUCCACAGACACCACACAGGAUACGACAGCGGCACAGGAGCUUUCGAAGCGAAUGCUCUUGGCCAGCGCGAUUUGUGGCACUGCAGGCACGCCUGGCCCGUCAACAACGGGCGGCGGGGGCAACUGCGCCACGCGCAAAUCCGUGGGGGUUUCAGCGAGCCCGCCAUCGUUUUCCUCUGGGUGUGAACUAUCCACAGCCGGUGGAGCGGCCCCACAGUCAGCGGCUACGCCCAACAGCGCGCUCGACAACUGCACCGAUGCCUAUCGAGACGAUUCACUCAAUAUAUCACUCACUCUAGGGUUACCCUCGUACGUGUCACCCAGCUCGUCGGCAGCACAGCAGAACACGCCCAGCAAUUGCACCGAGCAUACCUAUCUAAAGCGUUCUUGGCUCGUGGUGCACCAGGGCGCACACAAUUGUCGGGUGCAGCGUCUGCGUCACACAUUUUCCUCACCGGAGGCCUUCAAUGCCAACGAGCUCCAUGUUCAUCUGCCUUACUCCGAUUUCCUAAGCUAUGGUACCAAUUUGCCGCACGACCGUAGCUUUGGCCAAUGCAGCAGUGCCAGUAAUGCCAGCAAUUUUGGCUCAGAGCUAUCACGUGAUCCGUCCAGUUACAGUUUCGGCAAGCGAGCGCGCUUGGCCAUCAAACCGAAUGAAGAGGGUAGCGGCAGUGAUACACCGACUAUGGAGUCAUGCGCCCUGGCGACAGAUGCCUCUUGCAGCAGACCACCACCAUCACCGCAAGAACGUGUCCACAACAGCGAGAGCGAUAGCGAAACCGAGCAACAGGUGUCCUGUUUCGGCCAACGCUCCCGAUCACGACCGCGACGUCGUCGUGGUCAUGUGCGCAGUCGCUCCUUUAGCAAUGCAUGUGCCCCCAAUAGUGGUGUCCAGCGUGCUGUGCGUCUGAUACAGCGUAGCUCCUCGGCAGAUCUGCUCGUAAACUAUGCAGCGAUGGCAAUGUCGACUCCAAAUCAUACAGGGAACCGUUUGUUUUUCAUUUAAAAUUGACUGAGAGUUGGAGGUGGUGCUCUGGAACUCUGGAUGUUUUAUGCUUAAUGCUAUUCUUGGUCUGAAUCUGCAUAUACUUAUACAUAUGUAGAUGUAUAUCGGCAUAUUUAUGUAAAAUUAUGAAAAGUUAACGGUUAUCUAAAAGUGUGGUCAGACAGGCAAUCAUUUUAAAAAGUGGUCGUUUAAGGAAGUAUUUUGCUUAUGAUGGAAUUUUAAUACAUUUCUGAAAAUUUGAAAGUCUGGGAUCUCUGUCUGCCCAUGGUUAUGUGAAAAUCCAAUUGUUAUUACUAUUUAACAUCAAUAUGGUUAUACACUUGUUUCUGUAUAUAUACUCGUACUCGUAUAAUCACCAAUUUGUUAUAUGGCGGCAUACACAAUUAAAAUCA